AUGUCUCUUUUACUUAAAAGAGGUUCUCCUCCAGCGAGCGAGCGGGAAGGAGGGUCCGACUCCGACUGACUAGAAAGAGAAUGGACUACAGCUUGGCAGCGCUGAAGAUGCUGAGCUUCCAGUUGACGGCGGCGAAGCAGACUCCUUCUCAGAACGCCCUCACCCUCGGCGGCAUCCUCUUCCAGCGGGCCUGGUUACAGGGCGUCUUGGUCUCCGUGAUCGAUGAGAACCGGCUGAUCCUUGAUGAUGGCACCGGAACUAUCGAGCUCUCACUCUCCGGCGAGUUCCGCCUUCGCGGGUGGCGUGCUGGUAUGUAUGUGAUGGUUGUUGGAGGCUAUAUUAUCCGAGCAGGCGAGCUCCCCAUGAUUAAGGUUCACAAAAUGGUUGAUCUUUCGGCUUUCCCAGAUCGAGAGGCAAUGUGGUAUCUCGAAGUUCUCGAGGCUUAUAGACUGUUCUACCGACCAUUGAUUGAAGCUGAAGAAGAGUAACUCAUACUAGCAAUCUCUACAUUGCUUGUAGCUCGUGACUUACAACCCGAUCGAUAACAAGAGAAUGAAACAGAGAGAGAUUUCCGCUGUGGCACUUUCUGUUCUAUGCAAUUGAACAAGGGUGAAAAUUCUGUAAAAAGAACAGAGAACAAUGUCUAGUACAAGUAUUAAUUGCAAAUGAACACUCA